AUUUUCCCUCGUAAUCUUCGAAUUAUUUCGGAAUACUUCGUUCUCUUGCCGAAGUAAAUUAUUAACAUAACCUCAAAUUAUAAGAAAAAUAAAAACAUUCUGCGGUGGAUUUUCUUUUUGUGCUUUUCUCGCGUUUUUCCUGCAUUUUCAUCACAUUUUCUGCACAGAGAGAAAGAGCAAGAUGUCAGCAGAACCGGCUGAUUGCAACUUGUUGGUGAUUGUUCUGGACACAAAUCCCUGCCAGAGAAUAAUCCGGAUGAACACACAGCACAUGACACAGUGCUUGGACUCUGUGAUUGCCUUUGGGAAUGCUCAUCUAAUGCAGAGGGCUCAGAAUAAACUGGCAGUGCUGGCGUGUCAUCAGCACAAAACAGAAUUCCUCUAUCCGAGUCCUGGGAAGCCUAUGGAGGUACGACAGAUCGAUGGGCAGUAUGAACUCUUCACGCUGGUGGAGAAAACUAUCAAAAGCAAACUGACGGACUUGAUAACAAACGCUCCCCGGAUGCAUGGGCACACAGAAUCUCUCCUGGCGGGAACAAUGACCAUGGCUUUGUGCUACAUUGCAAGAAUUCACCGGAUUCGUGCUCCAGGAACGAGGAUCUCGUCCAGGAUUCUUGUGGUGACGGGAAGCAAUGAAUGUGCUUCCCAGUACAUGACCUACAUGAAUGUCUUCUUCACGGCUCAAAAGCAGAACGUCGUCAUCGAUGUUUGUGCCCUGGACAAGCCACUGAGCCUCCUGCAGCAGGGCUGUGACAUCACAGGUGGGCAGUAUCUCAAAAUACCCCAGCUUGAGGGGCUUCUGCAGUACCUCCUCUGGGUAUUCCUGCCAGAUCCACAGAACACCCGGAUGAAGCUUGUUCUCCCGCCCCCAGUCAAAGUGGACUACCGUGCUGCCUGCUUCUGCCACCGGGAACUCAUUGACAUUGGCUACGUAUGCUCUGUGUGCCUGUCCAUUUUCUGCAAAUACAGCCCAAUUUGCACAACUUGCCACACGGUUUUCAAAACUCCUGCGCCGAUUGCAGCAAAACCCAAAAAGAAGAAAAUGCGCGCGUAAAAUGCUUGAAAAUUGUAAUUUUUAUAAGUAAAUUUUUCUAGGUGAAAAUGUCGUUUUUUAAUUAAAAAAAAAACACCAUACAAAAGU